CUGCUCCUGCGCAGAAGAAGCAGGUUUCCUGAGCUGCUAGCUGAUGGUCCACACAGCCGCAACUAUGGAGGAGGCAAAAAAGAAAGAGACUAAACAGACAGAAAAGUCCGAUGAGAAGGAGAAGGAGAAGGAAAAGGGACAACAGUCCUCCGGGAAGGAUAAGGACAAGAAGGAGGAACAAGAACUGUCGGAGGAAGACAAGCAGUUACAAGAGGACCUAGAGAUGAUGGUGGAGAGACUGAGUGAAACGGACACAGCACUGCAUCAUCCUGCAUUAGAAGAACUGCGUAGACUAAUCCGCUCCUCAACCACCUCCAUGACCUCGGUACCCAAGCCCCUGAAAUUCCUGCGGCCGCAUUAUGGCAAGCUCAAAGAAAUCUACGAGGGCAUGGCCGCCGGAGAGAACAAGCGUUUCUGUGCUGAUGUGGUGUCUGUGCUGGCCAUGACCAUGAGCGGAGAGAGGGAGUGUUUAAAGUACCGUCUGCUGGGCUCCCAGGAAGAGUUGGCCUCUUGGGGCCAUGAAUAUGUCAGGCACCUUGCUGGUGAGGUUGCUAAAGAGUGGCAGGAGGUGGAGGAGAAUGACAAGACCCAGCAGGAGACGCUGCUGAAACUAGUAAGAGAGAUUGUGCCCUACAACAUGGCCCACAAUGCCGAGCACGAGGCUUGUGACUUGCUGAUGGAGAUCGAGAGACUGGACAUGCUGGAAGACUACAUUGAUGAAAAUGCCUAUGGCAAAGUCUGCCUUUACCUCACCAGCUGUGUGAGUUACGUUCCCGAGCCAGAAAACUCUGCACUGCUCAGAUGUGCCUUGAACAUCUUCAGGAAGUUUAACCGUUACCCAGAGGCCCUGCGUCUGGCCCUGAUCCUCAAUGAUGUGGAGCUUGUGGAAAACAUCUUUACAUCCUGCAAAGACAUAGUUAUCCAGAAGCAGAUGGCCUUCAUGCUGGGCCGCCAUGGCAUGUUCUUGGAGCUUAAUGAAGAUGUAGACGACUAUGAAGACUUGACAGAGAUCAUGUCCAACGUACAGCUCAACAGUAACUUCUUGGCACUUGCCAGAGAGUUGGACAUCAUGGAACCCAAAGUCCCAGACGACAUCUACAAAACACACCUGGAAAACAACAGGUUUGGUGGCAGUGGCUCCCAAGUGGACUCAGCCCGUAUGAAUUUGGCGUCUUCCUUCGUCAACGGCUUCGUCAACGCAGCAUUUGGGCAGGAUAAGCUGCUCACAGACGAUGGCAACAAGUGGCUUUACAAGAACAAGGACCAUGGCAUGUUGAGCGCUGCAGCCUCCCUGGGUAUGAUCCUACUAUGGGAUGUCGAUGGUGGACUCACCCAGAUUGACAAAUAUCUUUACUCCUCUGAAGACUACAUAAAGUCUGGUGCCCUCCUGGCCUGCGGCAUCGUAAACUCUGGCGUGAGGAACGAGUGUGACCCGGCUCUCGCCCUGCUGUCCGACUACGUUCUCCACAACAGCAAUGUCAUGCGGAUAGGUGCCAUCUUUGGGCUGGGUCUUGCCUAUGCUGGCUCCAACAGGGAAGACGUCCUCUCACUGCUUCUCCCCGUCAUGGGAGACUCCAAAUCAAGCAUGGAGGUGGUUGGAGUCACCGCUCUGGCAUGUGGUAUGAUUGCGGUGGGUUCUUGUAACGGCGACGUCACGUCCACUAUCGUCCAGACCAUCAUGGAGAAAAAUGAGCAGGAGCUGAAGGACACAUAUGCCCGCUGGCUGCCGCUGGGCUUGGGACUCAAUCACCUGGGAAAAGGAGAGGCGAUUGAGACAACCCUGGCAGCUCUGCAGGUUGUCCCUGAACCUUUCCGCAGCUUUGCAAACACACUAGUGGACAUCUGUGCAUAUGCAGGUUCCGGUAAUGUGCUGAAGGUGCAACAGCUUCUCCAUAUCUGCAGUGAGCACUAUGAAGCCAAGGAAAAGGAAAAGGAGGAGGAAAAGGACAAGAAGGAUAAGAAAGAUAAAGACAAGAAGGAAACUUCUGCUGACAUGGGCUCCCACCAGGGAGCUGCUGUUCUUGGUAUCGCCCUAAUCGCCAUGGGGGAGGAGAUUGGCUCUGAAAUGGCCCUGCGGACAUUUGGACACCUGUUGCGUUAUGGCGAGCCCACCCUGAGGCGGGCGGUGCCCCUGGCCCUGGCUCUUAUUUCUGUGUCCAACCCUCGUCUGAACAUCCUGGACACCCUCAGCAAGUUUUCCCACGAUGCUGACCCAGAGGUUUCCCACAACUCCAUCUUUGCCAUGGGAAUGGUGGGAAGCGGAACAAACAAUGCUCGCCUGGCAGCCAUGCUACGGCAGCUGGCGCAAUAUCACGCCAAAGAUCCCAACAAUCUCUUCAUGGUCCGACUGGCACAAGGUCUGACUCACUUGGGCAAAGGCACACUCACACUCUGCCCCUACCACAGCGACAGGCAGCUGAUGAGUCAGGUUGCCGUGGCCGGACUGCUCACAGUCCUCGUUUCCUUCCUUGACGUCAAGAACAUAAUCCUUGGCAAGUCCCACUACAUCCUUUACGGGCUGGUGGCAGCCAUGCAGCCACGGAUGUUGGUUACCUUCGAUGAGGAGCUGCGGCCGCUCCCGGUGUCUGUUAGAGUUGGACAGGCUGUAGAUGUGGUAGGCCAGGCUGGGAAGCCAAAGGCCAUCACAGGGUUCCAGACUCACACCACCCCAGUGCUGCUGGCUCACGGAGAGAGAGCGGAGCUGGCCACAGAGGAGUACCUCCCCGUCACUCCCAUCCUGGAGGGCUUCGUUAUCCUUCGCAAGAACCCCAACUAUGAAACCUAGACUUUACCCAUUAUUACCGGCAAUGCCAUGUUUCUCAUGGUAGGCCUUCAAGGAUUUUGCCAGUUAUGUUUAGUUUUUCUUCAUUGCAUGGCUGAAAAGAGGGAGACAGGCCUGUCUUGCUUCACCCGGUGUCUGUGGUCCAGCUCCAGCAGUCCUUGAAAAUGGAUGGGUGAGGUCUAGUUGUUUGGACGUCUGUGACACAAGUGGGGUAAAGUGGGACAUCCUCUUUGUAUAGAUUGUUUCCGCAUCACUCUAAUUUUGAUUCGCCUCUCUAAAGUGUACCAGCCCGGUGUGUUGUCUGACCUGGGACCAGUUCAGAAAUUGGACUACAUUAUCCCCUCACUUGUAAAUGUUUCAGCCAUGUUCAAUGAAUAACUACAGCUCAGUCCACAGUGAUUCAGAUCUGUCUUUUUUUCCCCUCAUUUAAACCUUUGGUCGUCUUUUGUAAUUAGAAAAUGUAAAAGUAUGUUUUCCGCAUCACAUAUUUUUUUGCAUUUUGGGUUUUUUUUUGUUACAGUGCUGUAAAAGGUUGAAUCAAAAUAAAAACACUGACCUUAAUGGUUGGAAUUUGAUCCUA